AUGGCCAAGAGGAAGUCAGACAAUGUUGAAGGAUCAAAGAUCAAAUAUGCCAAGGUUGACCCUACUGACCAUACUUCAGGGUCAAAAGGCAUUCAAUUAAAUAUCAAAAAUGACCACAACCACAAUGGCCAACUUGUCGAGGAGGAGUCCCAAUCGAGCCUUGUCAAAGAAGAAGAGGAGGGUCAGGAAGAGGGAAUCAGUAGCGAAGAAGAUAUUGUCGACGAAGAUAAACCCCAUGCAGAUACCUCGAGGAAACAAAAAUCGCAACUUACAGCACAGGAUAUACAACUAGCUCGCGAGACUGCCGAACUCUUCAAAUCCAACAUUUUCAAACUUCAAAUAGACGAACUUAUGAAAGAGGUGAAGGUCAAGAAAAGUCAUGAAGAGGUGAUGGACAAAGUAUUGCACAGGUUACACGAUUUGAUAAAAGAGAUCCCACCUGCUGAAAAUUUAUCUUUACAAGAGGCGGAAGGGCUAUUCAACCACAAGAAGGUGGCUAUUCCUUUCCCUGAUCCAAAACCUACAAACAUCAAGUACACUUUUUCCUAUGGGCAACCAGAGGAUUUAUCGUUGAUUGGUUCGUAUGGGUUGAAAACUGGUAUCAGCCAUGGCCUGUCGAUUGAUAUUGCUUUGACGAUGCCAAGUUCUAUAUUCCAACCAAAGGAUUAUUUGAACUACCGAGGAUUGCACAAGCGAGCAUUUUACUUGGCCUAUUUGGCAGACCAUUUGAUACCGUUGACAAAGAAAAAUAAUCUACCCGUCAAGAUCACCUACACAUAUUUCAACGAUGAUGUAUUGUGUCCUAUUUUGCAUAUCGAAAGUAUUCAAACUGAGAAUCCUGAUGAUCUUGUCUUUUUCAAAACAAAGUACAAAAUCAACUUGAUUCCAGCAUUUCCAUUCAACAUUUUUGAGUCGAAAAAGCUACUUCCAGAUAAAAAUUGUAUCAGAAUCCAAUCCGAAAGUGAAGAGUUACCACCAACUCCAUUGUAUAACUCGAGUAUCUUGAUGCAAUCAUCGUAUGACUACUAUCUCAAAUUUUUGUACUCCAUGAAGAAAUCUACCGAAUCAUUCAGAGAAGCUUGUAUAUUGGGGAGAUUGUGGUUACAACAAAGGGGAUUCAGCUCGACUUUCGGUGGUGGAGGUUUUGGACACUUCGAAUUUGCGAUUUUAUUAAGUGCAUUACUUCAUGGUGGAGGUAUGAAUGGAAAUAAGAUCUUAUUGUCUGGUUUUUCGUCCUAUCAACUAUUCAAAGGUGCCAUCAAAUACUUGGCCACCAUGGAUCUCAACUCGGGGUACUUGUCCUUUUCAUCAGAGAUAGGUGAACUUAUUCCAGCCAAGUACAAGGCAGAUGGAUUCAAUGUACCCACCAUUUUUGACAAAAACACCAAGAUAAAUGUCUUGUGGAAAAUGACGAUUGCUUCAUACGAAGAGCUCAGAAUCAAAGCAACACAAACAUUGGAUUUAUUGAACGACGUGGUUAAGGAUAGGUUUGAUCCGAUCUUGCUUCAAAAAUCAAAUCUUGAGUACCUCAAGUUUGACAUUUUGUUGUCCUUGAGCAUUGAUGAAAGCUCGAUAGAAAGUUUUGGACCGAUGGAAAAGAUAAGGUUUAUAACUUUUGACAAUUAUAUGAAGAGCAAGGUCUAUAGCCUCAUAAAACGAGCUUUAGGUGAUAGAGUGAAGCUCGUAAGUGUUUGGAAAGAGAAUACCAAAAUCCAUUUCUCCAUUCACAAAAGGAAGCCCACAAACCUGUCCAAUAAUUGGGCUGUUGGCUUAUUAUUAAAUCCGGAUGAAUGUGACAAGGUGGUGACUAAAGGUCCUGAUAAUGAAGAGAAAGAAAAGGGAGCUGCAUUCAGAUCAUUCUGGGGCGCAAAGGCUUCUUUAAGGCGCUUUAAAGAUGGGUCAGUUCAGCACUGUGUUGUUUGGAAUAUCGUUGAUAGGGAGCCCAUAGUGAUUUCAAUUAUCAAGUACGCGUUGGGUUUGCAUAUACUGGCUGAGGUUGCUCAAUCGAUACAUACUGAAUGUGGCUUGUAUGAAAAAAGACUUCCGCUUUCGUUGCUAUCAACGACAUCAAAUCAAGUCUCACAUUCAUUAUCCAGUUUUACCAUUUUGCGCAACUCUUUUGAUAACUUGGCCAAAUCAUUGAUUAAUUUGGAAUUACCUUUGAGUAUCAAGUCGGUUUUACCUGCCUCUUCAUCAUUGAGAUACACAUCAUUGCUACAACCUGUUCCGUUUGCAGUUUCCAAUCCAGAUUAUUGGAAUGAUUGUGUGAUUCAGUUUGAAAUCUCAUCCAAAUGGCCUGAUGAGUUAAAAGCCUUAGAAAAGACCAAAACCGCGCUUUUAUUGAAAAUGUCUGAAAUGUUGAAAAACACCGAGUACAACACAUUCAUUACGCUGGAUGAUUCAAUCCCUUUUAACCAGGAUGUUUGCGUGUUGAAUAUAUUGACUCCAGAGGGAUUUGGUUUUAGACUUAGGGUGCUUACUGAACGAGACGAAGUGUUGUACCUCAGAGCUGUAAGUAAUGCCGAUAAACAAAAGUCAAUUGCACAGGAUGUCUACGUGAAGUUCAAUCAAAAGUAUCAAACGUCGUUGAAGCAUACAAGAACGAUUAGUCAAUUGGCGCAACAUUUCCCGUAUUACUCACCCACGGUAAGAUUGGUAAAAUUAUGGCUAGACUCUCAGCUACUUUUGAAGCAUUUCGACGAGGAGUUGGUUGAGUUGAUUGCUUUGAAACCAUUUGUUGAUCCAGCGCCAUAUUCCGUCCCUAACUCGGUGGAAAACGGGUUUUUGCAAGUACUCUUUUUUUUGGCCAAUUGGAAUUGGAGAGAUACACCCCUUAUAUUGGAUGCUGUUAAGAGCACCGCAGAAACUGACUCCACGUUAAGUGACAAGUUGACGAUCCAAGCAUAUAGGGUCAUUGAGCAAAAUUUCAACAAGAUUAGAGAGGCAGACCCUACAGGGAUCAAAACCCAGUUUUUUGUCGGUUCAAAGGAUGACCCAUCCGGAAUUUUGUGGUCAAGCAAUCUCACUUUACCCAUUGCUGCUAGGCUAACCGCGCUUGCAAGAGCAGCAACGACCUUGUUAAAUUACAAUGGAAUUAAUGAAAGCUUUUUGGAUUCAUUGUUCACUCCUGCAUUGAAGGAUUAUGAUUUCGUUUUGGAGGUGAAGGCGCAAAAUCUCAUCACUUCGUCGGGAAUUUUACCGACAAAUGCGUUCAAAAAUUUGAUUGAACCCUUGACCUCAUACCCAGAUGACAUUUCAUCCAAACGUGAUUUUGUUCAAGCUUUUUAUGAAGACUUGGAGAAGAAAUUCGGAGAUGCCAUUAUAUUCUCAGUAAGGAAGUUUACUGGAUUAUGCAAGGACAAUAUGAACGUUAUUGGGGGAUUGUUUGUUCCUUCAAAUUUGUCUAAGAAGAAAUUCAGAACCAAUUUAGGCAUCAAUGUCAAACCUGAUGAUGAUAAGGACGAGGUGAUUUUGAAUAAAGAAGCAAUUUUCGAUCAAAUGAAGUUGCUUGGUCAGAGUUUGAAUUUAAGCUUGAGUACUCCAUCCAAGUAA